UGCAAUUGCAACUAGAACCGGAACUGGAAAUCGAGCGAUCUCGGAGAUACGAGAAUACAGAGGCGUAGUUCAAUUGUGCGAAGCGUGCUCAGGGUCCGUUUUUCCCUCCCUCGUUGCGUUGCUGAUACUGUCCUGCGUUCCUUCCUUCCACUCUGUUUCGUGCUCUGCCCCUUCUCUUCUUCCUCCUCCUCCUCCCUCUCUCUCUCCCUCUCCCUCCCUCUCCCGCUGCCGUUGCGGCCUCAUCUUCGACGUUUUCAUCAAGAAAAUAGCCGCAGCUGGUCUCGUGUGCGCAGGGAGUGGCCCUCCUUUCCCACGGUUUCUUCACGUCCGGUGGCAAUCUGCUGUGCUUCUCGUGAGGCGGGCUUAGUGGCGGGGUUUGUUGUUGGGCGCUGAAGGGUUGGAGUGCGCGUCACGUCUCGACAGGCCAGUAGUUGGUGGGCGGUGUUGGUGCGUACUUGCGUAGGCGAAGCGGGGCAGUGGUGGAGGCGCGCGUCGGAGGGGCUGUGGAAGGACGAGGGUGGGACGCAGAGGAGUCUAGGGUUCGCUGCGUGGGGUGAAGAAUAUUGAUCCGCGGCCGCGGGGAGUCAUUUAAUGCAGUUAGGGUACAGUUUGGUGAGCAGAGGGGGAGUUGGUGUUGCACUUGCUGCCGCAGGCAAUAGGAGCUCGAAACAUGUUGACAAGCGACAGGAGGGCGAGCUCGGCCCGGCGAGGUUUGCAAGUUUUGGGGAAGAUACCUGCAGUACCUAAGCCUAUCAACCUGCCAAGCCAACGGUUGGAGAAUCGUGGACUGGACCCGAAUGUGGAGAUCGUACCAAGGGGUAGUUUGAGCUGGGGAUCUGGUGGGACUUCGCCGUCGACGAGUAGCAACGCAUGGGGGAGUCCAGCACAGGCAUCGUCUCCGCCUAGUGGCACUGGAGUAUGGGGACCAAAGGCGGGUGCAGCAUCCGGGGGCAGCAGCGGGACGGGUGGAGGGGCAACGUCGGGGAGCAUUCCACGUCCGGGGUCGGGAGGCGGCGGCGCGCGUCCGCAGUCAGCGGAAAGUGUGGGGCAGACGCAGCAGGCGGGCGAGUCGUUUGGAGGAAAUACGAACUCGAGCAGCGCGUGGGGUGCGAGGCCGUCUUCGGCUUCUGGAGUGUUGGGGCAAGCGCAACCGCUGCUGGCGCAGGCGCAAGCUCAAGCCCGUCCUCGGAGCGCGGACAUUUCACGGCCGAGUCGGAACCUGUCGGAGUUUGGGGAUGAGUCGGGAGAGUCUACUCCACCGGGCAGCGCAUCAUGGGCGACGCGGCGCAGGCUGGGGGAGGAGGGUCACCAGGCGUCGCGGUUUCAGCUGACGAGGACAGACUUUCCUACAUUGGGGUCGGAGAAGAACCCAGACCUGCGUCCACAACAGAGCAAUUCAGGCGCGGAGCGUGGACCUCUGGUGGAUGCGAAAGGGGCGCAUGGCGAGGAGAGGAGGGCGCCUACGCCACCACCUGGUCCUCAUGAAGAGGUUCCAGCAAGGCCUCGCAGCGCCGGGUACGGGCAUCCAGAGCGGGGUGGUCCGGAGAACUGGAGGAGAGAGGCGCCAGCAUUCCAAGGACCAGUUCCGCGUGCGGAAGGGAACUGGCACUGGGAUGGGCCAUCAGGAAGGCCAGCAUACGGCGGGCAAGGUCCUUCCCCGGACAGGUGGAAACGGGAGGGUGGUCCAGCAGACGAGAACUGGCGGCGGGGAGGAGCUCCACCGGUGGGUCAGUAUGGGUCUGCACCGGGGCCUGGUCACUAUCCGCACGAGGGGCCAGGGUUCAUGCACGGACCUCGGUUCGGCCCGGGGCCAGCACAUUUUGGUCGCGGAGCGGGAGGUCCUGGCGGAUACGGUCACCACGGGGAGGCGUACGGGAACGCAGGACCGCUGUUGCGACCAGGGGGGCCGAUGCACCCGAUGAGGCCGAACAUGUAUCAGGGGCCGGUGCCGUACGAGGGAUUCUAUGGGCCUCCAGGGCCGGGGUACCAAGGGAUGGAGGAUCCGGAGCGGAUGAUGAUGGGGAUGGGCGGGGGGCCAGGGCCAUACGGCGGAUAUCUGCCGCACAGGGGGCCACCUCCGGAAGCGUUCGGGCGGUUCGGGCACGGGGGCAUGAAGCAGCAGGGGCCGCGGCACUCGCGAGAAGGGAACUUGCGAGAGCGCGGCGAAGCGGUGGGAGAAGGGUAUCACGAAGGUCCGAACUACCACAAAGAAGGUGGUGAAGGUGGCGGGCACAAGGAUGGAAGGGGGUACGAGGAGCGGUUCAACGGGGGGGUGGGUGGCGGUCACGAGGUGGGCGACAACCGCAGAGGCGGGAUGAUUCGGGGAGGCGGUGGGGGGGUGGACGUUCGCGGGCACGCACAGGGAAGCGCGUCCGGCGUGCAUCACGGCGGGCAGGGGCACCGUGACUGGGGAGCAGCCGCAAGCAGCGACGAGCCGAUGGAUUUUACGAAGCCGGUGUUCGAGGAGGAAGCGCGGUCGUCAUCCGGCGGUGGUUCGGGAAAGCAGUCGCCGGUGUAUGCAGAGGAGAAGGGGGCGGGCGGAGGGGAGGUGAAGCGGGAGAUUGCGAAGGCGGAUGCGGAGAAGAGCGCGGUGGAUGCGGAAGCAGUGAAGGGCGAAGAGAAGACGUCCGUAGUUUCGGGAGAAGUGAUUGGGGACGGUGAGGAAUCGAGCGCGGCGAAGGCGAACUCGGAGGGCGGAGACGAUGCGGGCAUGAAGGAGGAGGGCGAGACAGAAGCUGUGCGAGCGGGAGUAGAGGAGGAGGAGGUGGGGAAGGAGGUGGUGGUGAAGGAGGUGUUGGUGAAGGAGGUGGUGGAGAAGGAAGUGGUUUCAAAGGAGGUGGUUGCAAAGCUUGUGACGAAAGACAAGUGGGAGAGGGGCAGCAGGCGAGUCGACGGUCAGAGCCAAGGGCGUGAGGCAGGUGGGAAUGCGGGAGGCUCAAAUGUGCGAUCGAGCUCUCACAGCGGCGGUGGGAAGUCGAGUGUCGUUGGGGGCUUUGCGCGAAACGGCGAAGCAGAUGUUUCCGGCGGCGCACAAUGCGUGCGUCAGUCGAGCGAGGGGAUGUCGGAGAAGUCGGAACCGGAGGUCCCUAAAGGUAACGAGAAGGGGCGGAUGUUUAGGCGUCCGGAGAGCCCGAAGGUCCAGGUCGGUCGCGGCGAGGGCGAUGUUCCGGAUGGCAGUGCGAGUCUACCAGGCGCUGGGCACGAGAGCAGCGGGAAGGAGGUGGCGAAACCGAAGGGCAAGGCGUCUUCCCACGACGUGGAGAAGGAGUGGAGGCCGAAAGUUCCGAUUGCAGAAGUGAGUCCGAGGCAUCAUGCGGGUGGUGCAGCUCAGGCGUCGAAAGCGAGCGGCGGCGGUUCCGCAGGAGCAGCGGAGGGCACGAAGAGCAAGAGCUCGGAAUCCGAGAAUGGACCGCGGGGUGUGUCGAGGGCUGAUAACAUUGAACCACAGCGGGGGUCAGCGAAGGAGAAGGCAGCUCAGAGGUCAAACCGAUUGGCGAAAGAGGAGGAGGAAUGGGUGAAAGAGCAGAAGGCGAAGGCGAGGGCAAAGCUGGAGGAGCUGAAUCGAAGAUCCAGUGGCGCAGCGGGAGGUGGAGGCAAGGAAGCAAGCGCGGUGGAGGUGUCGGGGGAGGUGGAAGAGAGUCAGGAAGGCGUGGAGGAUGUCGGGGCGGUGGAGGCAGAGGCAGUGGCGCAGGGCCUCGGGAGCAGUAAACGUGGCGGGCGCAACGAACACGGGAAGCGGGAGCGGGACAGGAAGGCGAGCGGGCGGAAAGGUGGAGUAGGAGAGGUGGAUCGAGGUAAAGUGGGUGUGGGUGGUGCGAUGGGAGCGGGCCCUAGCGCGAGCGGUGGUGCCGUACUGAGCACCCCGGUGGGUGCGGGUGUUGGUGAAGGACAAGGCCAACAGGCGAACUCGCAGCGCGAGGGUCGGCACAGGGGACGGCCGGAGAAGAAGCAGGUGAUUGCGAGGGUGGAGGAAGUGGAGCGGUCGGUGGGAGGGGGUAGUGCGUCGAGCGGCGUCCCUGCGGCAGGCGGCAGCGGGGGCUGGAGCAUGGAGAUUGUGGCAGCGCCGGAGGCGGAUUCAGGAAUCGCAGGCCAUGUGGGUACAGGCAGCACGGAGGGGUCAGGCAGCCUGCGUAAGAGCGAGAGCAGUCGCACGAGCAGGAACACAGAGCGUCCAGAGGCUCCAGUGGUGAUGAUGGCGGAGAGCAUUCAGUUUGGUGACAUAGUGGUAUCGGAGCUCCACAGCACGGAAUUCCACAUCUCCGGGAGCGAGCAGGGCGCGGAUGCAGGCGUGAGCGGGUGGCACGGGGACGCGGGGAAGGAGGCGAGCUUGUCGGGCGAUGCUCUGACGGGCGACGAAGGGUCGGCGGUGUCGACGAACGGAGACGGUCCCAGCAAAAGGAUGCAACGCAAGGGUCGGGGUGCUCGGCGUCCGGGGAGAAGCGACAGGGGAUCACAGGAUCAACGGGCGGCGGAGAAGUCUCACGGGAUCGAUAACCUGGUGUGGGCUCCGGUGCGGUCUCCUGGAAGCGUGGGAGGGACGACGAAGGGAGAGGGGCCUCAAUCGGGGUACGGGCAGGAGGAGGGCAGCGCGGCACCGCAGCAAACGCGGGGGAAGAGGGCGGAGAUGGAGCGGUACACUCCGAAGCCUCUGAUGAAGUAUCAGGAGGCUUCGGAGCAAGCGAGUGGGACCCCGCAUCAGCACACACAAGGGGGACAGAACCCGGGCUCUGGAGGCGGCGUUGGCGUUGGCACGGGGGCGGUGGCGGUGGUGGAGGGUGCAGGGGUUGGUGUUGGAGAAAGCAAGCAGUCGUGGUCUUUUGGAGACGCGAGGGGUAAUCAGGAGGCGAAGGCGGUGGAUGGUGGGAGUAAGGGCGGGAGGUCGCAUGGAUCUUGGCGGCAGAGGAGCUCCGGAGGCGAGCGGGUGAGCGAGAGCGCGAGGGAGGGGAGCGGUGUGGAGUCUGCAGGAUCGGGUCACGGGGAUGCAGGACAUCAGCAAGUUCAGCGGCAGGAUCAGAAGUACGGUGGCGGAGGAGGUGGGGGUCGUCGCAAUCAGUCGGGAUCGGAGCAGGUGAUAGCGGGUGCACAGUCGACGGCGGUGGGUGGUGGCCCAGGGUCUGGCGCAAGCGCAGGGCCAAGCCCAGGUUCAGGCCCAGUUGGAGCUGGCGGUCGAGGUCCAGCGGCGGGUGGCGCGCAAGCGUCGGAGAGGGAGCAUCCGGCGGACAAGAAGCUGUAUCAGCCACCACGGCCGGCGUCUGUGUCUGGUCAGCGCGGUCAAGAUUAUCGCGGGCAUGGUCCUUACGGAUCGGAGCACAAGGGGCAGGAGCAGGGCAGUGGAGCACAUUCUCGGCAGGCGAAUGCAGGAGCAGAUAGGGGUGCUGCAUUGGAGAGCGUGGGGUCGCAGCAGCAGCGCAACAGCGGUGGGCAUCAUGCGAGGAACCAGAGUGCGGAGAAGGAGCAGGGCCCGAGCCACCAGGUGUAUCUGACCCCACACGCACAGCAGAAAUCGCAGGGUGCAGGAGGGUUGAAGGAGUCGAGUCAGGCGGUGUAUCGGGAGAGGGAAGGGCAACAGCAGCAGCUGGGUCCUCGGGGUGCAAGCCAGCAUGGCGGGGAGGGCGGUGAGCUGGGGCCGUACAAUAGCAACAGCAACAGGGGAAGGGCGGAGAGAGAUCAGGCGGGGAGGGCGCCUUCGGGUGCGCAGAGAGGGCAGGGUCAGUGGCAACAGACGGGGGGCAACGAGGGGUUUCGGUCAGGUGCGUCGCGGACGCAUGGUCCGGAGAGAGACGGAGGGGCGAGUCGUGAGGCGAGCAGGAUGGAGGCGUCGAAGCAGCAGGCAGCGGAGGCGCAACGGGGUCAGCAGUCGGAGCAGUCGGGGCAGCAGCAGAACAAAGGAGGGCAGCAGGCAGGGGCGGUGGCGAUUCCAAGCGCGAAAGCAGAGAGCGGGGGGUGGGUGGGAGAAGGUGGGAGUCCGCCGGUGGGACGUGGAAGGGAUUACAACCAGGGUCGGAGGGGACGGUUGGGUGGUCGUUCAGGUCCUCGGAACGUGGAGAUGGAGCAUCGACGGGAUCCUCAAGCGUCGAAGCAACGGCUGGUAAUUGAUGCUACAGGAGGUUUGACGCGCGGAUAGGCGGGGCGUCGCGUGGGUGUUGGCGUGGAACGUGUGGAUGAGGUGGGGGGGGGGGGGGGGACAACGGAGCGUGUGGUGGAAAUGUGGGCGUGGCGGCCACAGAUGGAACGAGCAGUGGUGUGGGUGUGGUGCGGGCAAGUCGUUGGACGCAGCGGGUGGCAUUGUGGCAGCUGUGGCAGUGAGGAGGGGACGUGUGCGGCUUUUGCUUGGCGGGGACAUUGGUGCGAACGACAGCUUGGGCAGGCGCCGCGGACGAAAAGGGUGCGAGGGAGGGGCUGAAGAGGUGUGACGGGGUGUGAAGUGCAGGGUCACAUCAGAGCAAAGCGUGGGCGGGAUAGAUGAGUGCGUGUACUGUGGUGUUAGGACGAAGUGGAGGGCUGUUAAAAGGCAACGACUGAUUCCCGAGUAGGAGCUCGCUGUACAAACUUGUGUCUGUAAGGUCCUUGGUUUCGCAAUCAUGGUGUACCACUACAGUAGUAGUCGUUGAGGGAGUAGAAGUAUACCUUCUUUUUACAUGGUGUACUGAGGUUUGGAGAACACUUGAUGAUUGAAAUUGGCGGGUUUUGAUUCAAUGCUUUAUCUCGAUUGGAGGCAUUUUGAAGUGUACACUGAGGAGCCGGAGUGGCGUGAGACUGGUUCAGCUAAUUGUUUAAUCGUACCUGGGUCGAUUAAAUGUCGAUCCUAAAUUUAUGUCACUUUUUUAUUGGAUUUUUCUGCACGAA